CCCAUCCAGAGGGUGCGGCCUGGCUGCGCGGGGUAGGAUGUGCUCCGGACGGGUGGAAAGAGGGAAGCAAAGGCUGUCCUCCUGCCCCCAGGCAUGGCUCGGGCCACUCUGCAGUGGGACACCGUAGUUGCCCUUCAUGUGCUCCUCACCUGGUGUCACGCAGGAAUUACAAGUAUUAACUGCUCUGGCCACAUCUGGGUAGAACCGGCCACAAUUUUUAAGAUGGGCACAGAUAUCUCUAUAUACUGCCAAGCAACAAUUAAGAACUGCCAACCAAGGAGAAUUUAUUUUUAUAAAAAUGGCAUUAGAGAAAGACUUCAGAUCACCAAGAUUAACAAAACAACAGCUCGACUUUGGUAUACAAACUUUCUGGAGCCCCACGCCUCUGUGCACUGCACUGCUGAGUGUCCUGGGCGUUUUGGAGAGACGCUGAUAUGUGGAGAAGACAUUUCUUCCGGAUAUCCACCCGACAGCCCUGAUGAGGUCACCUGUGUCAUCUAUGAAAACUCAGGCAGCAUGACGUGCAGCUGGGACUCCGGGACGCUGACCUACAUGGACACCAAGUACGUGGUGCACGUGAAGAGUUUAGAGACAGAGGAAGAACAACGGUAUCUCACCUCCAGCUAUAUUAACAUCUCCACUGAUUCAUUACAAGGCAGCAAGAAGUAUUUGGUUUGGGUCCAAGCUGUGAAUGCGCUAGGCAUGGGGGAGUCCAAACACCUGCAGAUUCACCUGGACAAUAUAGUGAUACCUUCUGCACCCAUCAUUUCCAGGGCUGAGAACAUCGAUACUCCAGUGCCCAAGACUGUAAUUCACUGGAAUAGUCAAGCAAGAAUUGAGCAAGUGUCCUGUGAAAUGAGAUACAAGGCUGUGACUCACCAGACUUGGAAUAUUAAAAAAUUUGACACCAAUCUUACAUACGUGCAACAGUCAGAAUUCUACCUGGAGCCAAGCGUUGAGUACGCAUUUCAAGUGCGAUGUCGAGAAGCAGGCAGAAGGUUCUGGCAGCCCUGGAGUUUGCCCUUUUUUCACAAAACACCUGAAAUAGUUUCCCAGGUCACACCGAAAUCAUUUCAACACGAUAGUCAGAAUUCUGGCCUUCUCAUUGCUUCCAUCUCCAAAGAACACCUUUCUUCUGACAACAGGCAAGACCUUGGACUGCUGUCCGGCAUGGUCACCUUUGCCGUCACGUUAUCAAUUCUGGUUUUGGUUGGGAUGUUUAACAGAUCGCUCCGAACUGGAAUUAAAAGGAGAAUCUUAUUUCUAAUGCCGAAGUGGCUUCAAGAAGACAUUCCUAAUAUGGAAAACAGCAAUGUUGUGAAAAUGCUGCAGGAAAAAAGUGAAUUUAUGAAUAAUAAUUCCAGUGAACAGGUCCUAUACGCUGACCCUGUGAUUACAGAGGUAGAAAUCUUUCUCCCAGCACACAAGCCCGCAGACCACAAGAAGGAAAGGAACGUGGAAUCUCUGGAGACAAGAGUUUACCUGCAAAAUCCGCUGUUGGCCAGCACUACAGUUGUGUAUCUGCCUGACCUCAACCCUGGAUAUAAACCCCAGAUUUCACACUUUUGCCCGGGGGAAAACCAUCUCCUCAAUAGUGAUGAAGUAGAUUCCUCAACUUUUAAGCCAGCAGCUGAUUCCUUAGACCUGGGGAAGAAUCCAAGCUUGAAACAAUAUCCUGAUUUCUCCUUUUCCAUCUCAAGUAUGAAUUCACCAAGCAACACGCUAUUUCUUGAAGAAUUAAGCCUCAUUGCGAAUCCAGGAGAAUGCAGUCCUCCUGACCCAGAAGGCUCAGUCAAGGGAGACACCACCAAGCUUUUAGAGAACGAGUCAGCCAGUGAGACUGUUCCAGAACAGACCCUGCUGCCUGACGAAUUCGUCUCCUUUCUGGGGCUCAUGAAUGAGGAGUUGCCAUCUAUUAAUUCUUAUUUUCCGCAAAAUAUUUUGGAAAGCCACUUCCGUAGGAUUUCACUCUUGGAAAAGUAGAGCUGUGUGGUGAAAAUCAAGAUGGGAAUGCUGUCCUUCAGUUGGAAGCUGGAUCUUUCCCUCCGUAAACGUUGAACUCUGCCCUCGUUUUGCAAAAUUAGAGAAUAAGUAUCCAGAGAUGGAGCAUGCUUCAUAGUUACACCCAUUCACAUACCCCUCACACACUCUCACAUACAGUCACGCACACCCUCACACUCACACACAGUCACACACUCACACUUUCACACUCUCACACUCCGUCACACACAGUCACGCACACUCUCACACUCUCACACACACUCAUACUCUCUCACAUACAGUCACGCACACCCUCACACUCACACAUGCACACACACACAGUCACACACACACACUCACAUAGUCACGCACACUCACACACACCCUCACACUGUCACAGUCACGCAUACUCUCACACUCACACACACUCACAGCCAUACACUUACACACUCACACAGUCACAAACACACUCUCACACAGUCAUGCACACUCACACACCCCCUCACACUGUCACACACAGUCACGCACACUCUCACACUCACACACAGUCACACACUUGCACAGUCACACACAGUCAUGCACAGUCUCAUACACACACAUACACUCACACAUAGUCACACACAGUCACACACUCAUACAGCAUUAUUAAGGACACCACCUGUAUUUUGUUUUAUAAAAUAUCACUAUUUCCUCUUUAUUUUCCCUCACUGAAGGACAUAGAACAGGUCCCUCUGUUGUAUAAAGAAUAAAUAACA